GCCUGCUGACCGUGCUCAAAAAGUUCAGAACUUUUCCCAAUGCUCCCCCAGCCUGAUCCCUGCACCCAGCCUGCACCCAUCCUGUCAGUGACUGAUCCUUGAACCCAGCCUGGCACCCAGCUUUCCAGUGACUGAUCCCCACCCAGGACACUUGUAGGGGACACAUUGACUCCAUACACUGUGGGAGACUCUAUUACUUCUUCAUUAUCAUCAUCCUCCUCAUCCUCACUGGAGCAGAGCUGCUACGUGUUGAUCUAGGAGUAAGGGUACCGGGAUCUGCAUCCUGGAGCAGGACUGAGUUCACCUGGCUUUACUGUCUGUAUCUCUGAGUAUCUGGAGAGUCUGAGCCCGGAGUUGUGGGCUCUGAGCGCUGAGUUGGCUCCUUCUCUAUGAGUUGACUCUCCAGCUGAUCCCGGCCUGGGCAGAUCAGGAAGGAGGGAGGAGGGUGUCCGAGCUCUCCGGAUUGCCUGUGGAUAUUGUAUGAGUCUUGCUGCCCCCUCUGUGCCCCGUGUGCCCCCCCUGUGCCCUGUGUGAGUGGAGGAGCCAUGCAGGCGCGAUACUCGGUGUCCAGCCCGAACUCGCUGGGAGUAGUGCCCUACCUGGGGGGGGAGCAGAGCUAUUACCGGGCAGCGGCGGCCGCGGCAGCAGCAGGAGGGGGGUACACAGGCAUGCCGGCCCCCAUGAGCAUGUACUCACACCCGGCCCACGAGCAGUACCAGGCCGGCAUGGCCAGAGCCUACGGGCCCUACACCCCCCAGCCGCAGCCCAAGGACAUGGUGAAACCCCCCUAUAGCUACAUCGCUCUGAUCACCAUGGCCAUCCAGAACGCCCCCGAUAAGAAGAUCACCCUGAACGGCAUCUACCAGUUCAUCAUGGAGAGAUUCCCCUUCUACCGGGACAACAAGCAGGGCUGGCAGAACAGCAUCCGCCACAACCUGUCCCUCAAUGAGUGCUUUGUCAAGGUGCCCCGGGAUGACAAGAAGCCGGGGAAGGGCAGCUACUGGACCCUGGACCCGGACUCCUACAACAUGUUCGAGAACGGCAGCUUUCUGCGCAGGAGGCGGAGGUUCAAGAAGAAGGAUGUGAUCAAGGACGGGGCCAAGGAGGACAAGGAGCGGCUGAUGAAGGACCAUGCCGCCCAACCGUGCUCAGCCCAGCGGCAGCCGAGCCAGGCCGGGGGGGAGCAGGAGGGCGGCCCGCAGCCGGUCCGGAUUCAGGAUAUAAAGACCGAGAACGGCUCGGCCUCCCCCCCGCGGGCCAUGUCUCCGGCCCUGUCCGCCGUGCCCAAGAUAGAGAGCCCGGACAGCAGCAGCAGCAUGUCCACCGCUGGCAGCCCGCACAGCAUCCCGUCCGCCCGCUCCCUGAGCAUGGACUCCGACUCCCACCACCCCCAGCACCACAGCCAGGGCUUCAGCGUGGACAACAUCAUGACCUCUCUCCGGGGCUCCCCGCAGGGCUCGGGGGACCUGCCAGCUGGACUCAUCCCUUCCUCCUCCCGGACUGGCAUAGCCCCGGCCCUGUCCAUCAACUACCCCUCGGGCCAGGGCACCCUCUACAGCUCGCCCUGCAGCCAGAGCUCCGGCCCGGCCGGGACCUAUCACUGCAACAUGCAGGCCAUGAGCCUGUACUCCGGGGACCGAGCCGGACACCUCACCCCCUCCAACACCCCGGCAGCCAGCACGGUGGAAGAGUCCUUACCUGACUACAACAUCACCACCAGCACCACAACCACCUCGGCCCUCAGCCAUGGCAGCCAGGAGCACCCCCACCAGAGCCGCCUGCCCUCAUGGUACCUGAACCAGGCCGGGGAUCUGGGCCACCUGGCCGGGGCCACCUACCCUGGGCAACAGCAGAACUUCCACUCGGUGCGAGAGAUGUUUGAGUCCCAGAGGAUUGGAUUGAACAGCUCCCCUGUGAAUGGGAAUAGCAGCUGUCAGAUGUCCUUCCCAUCCAGCCAGUCUCUGUACCGCACCUCGGGGGCAUUUGUCUAUGACUGCAGCAAAUUCUGACCAAAGAUCAAUCAAAACAAGUUUGAAAAAAAGAAAGAAACUCCUUUAUUAUUAUUAAUAUUAUUAUUAUAUUAUUUUUUUUUCUUCUACAAAAAAGGGGGAAAAUUGUAUAGAUAUAAUUCUCAAAUUCCCUCAUCCAAAAGUCAAAAAACACCUAGUUUGUACAGAGACACAAAUAAUGUGUGGUUUGUAAAAGCCAAAUCGACACGUAAGUUUCUUCUACUUUUUAGAAAAUCGUUAUUUUUUCUGUUUGUUUUUUUUGUUUUUGAAGGUAUUAUUUUGCAUAUGUUUAAAAGCAUAUAUAUAUGGCAAGCUUUUAUGAACUUGUUCUGAGAUGUAAAUUGCAAUAUAGUAAUUUAUUUUAAAGUGUACUUGGACCAAACGCCAGGCAGUGUUGGCCAGCAGCUCAAAAUGAGAUAUCUGAACUUUAGAGUUCUCAUUACAAGGAAGAAAAAAUGUACCCAGCAUAUUUUUAUCAAUUUGUUUUCUUCUGUUCAAAAUAUUCUGAAGGCUUAGUAUUGUUUGUUUCUUAAUAAAUUACCAUUCUAUUUGAAUGAUAAA